UCACAACGGGGGUGACGCAAAGGCAGACGACUUCAACAAAACUCCUCCAGUCGGUCUUUUUCACCGUGAAAAAGUCUCCGUGGUCGUGUUAAGACGCCGUGGAAGUACUUUACUGUGGGGAUUAUGAACUCUAGUGACGGUUUGCUAACGUCUCACGGACGUUUGGAGUAGAUAAAGUAGACGAAAAGUACGUUUUUCGACCAAGAGGCGCUCAAGACAUAAGGACGUACGGGGGAUUUACCGUGGGAUUUUCCUUUUUUUCAAGUCAUUUUGAGGGAUGUGAGUCUACCGAGCACGUGUGGACCUGUUAACGUGUACAUUUAACCCGGGAUAAAGCCACUUUUUUUUACUUUGUUUGCUCUCAGUUCACCAUGCUGACGAACACCGCGCUGUACGCGGCUAAGAAACGGAAGAAGCCGGUGCAGAAAAUCCCAAAACCUCCGCCUCCCGAUGGCGCCAAGUCCAACCCGUCCAAACGCCACCGCGACCGUCUCAAUGGCGAGCUGGACAAGCUCACCAGCCUGCUGCCGUUCACCGAGGAGGUCCGGGCUCGGCUGGACAAACUGUCCGUGCUCCGGCUCAGCGUCGGCUACCUGAAGGUCAAGAGCUUCUUCAACGCCACGAUGAAGAAACCUCCCAAUGGCUCAACCUGGACGAAUGAGCGGAGCCACAUGUUUGGAGGAAACGUCCAGAACACGUUGGCAUCUUCGUCCACCGUCUCCUCCUCCUCAUCGCCCUCCCAGGUGACGUCCAUCGAUGGAGUCAGCUUCUCGGAGGGAGACCUGCUGCUUCAGGCGCUGAACGGCUUCGUGUUGGUGGUGACGGCUGAAGGCUACGUCUUCUACACGUCUCCAACCAUCCAGGACUUCCUCGGGUUCCACCAGUCGGACGUGGUCCAUCAGAGCGUGUUUGAGUUGAUCCACACAGACGAUAGAGCUGUCUUCAGACGGCAGCUUCACUUUGCUCUCAACCCGAACAACAGCAAGGGGAACGGAGCAGAGAGUCCAGGUGAUCAGAGCUCGGCCGAGGUCACCAGCAACUUGGUAACGUACGACCCUCAGACCAUCCCGCCUGAAAACUCGUCCUUCUUGGAGAGAAACUUCUGCUGCCGCUUCCGCUGUUUGCUUGACAACUCGUCUGGCUUCCUGGCCUUGAACUUCCGGGGGCGUCUGAAGUUAGUCCACGGUCAGAACCGUGUCUCUGAGGACGGGACGCUGAUUCCCCCGCAGCUCGCUCUGUUUGCCAUUGCCACACCGAUGCAGCCGCCGUCCAUCCUCGAGAUCCGCACCAAGACGCUCAUCUUCCAGAGCAAACACAAGCUGGACUUUACGCCCCUGGGCAUCGACACCAGAGGGAAGGUUGUUCUGGGUUAUAGCGAGGUAGAGCUCUGCAUGAAAGGAUCAGGAUACAACUUCAUCCACGCUGCAGACAUGAUGUACUGCGCCGACAACCACGUCAGAAUGAUUAAAACAGGAGAAAGCGGCUUCACCGUCUUCAGGCUUCUGAGUAAAAGCGGGACGUGGGUCUGGGUUCAGGCGAACGCCCGGCUCGUUUUCAAAGGAGGGAAACCAGAUUUCAUCAUUGCCCGACAGAGAGCACUCACGAAUGAAGAAGGAGAGGAGCAGCUGCGUCUGCGUCGGCUGUCUCUACCGUUCAGCUUCGCCACUGGAGAGGCAAUGUUGUACGACGUGGUUCCGGCCGUCGACGUCCCCGACCCGUGCUCCGCCCCCAAACAGAGGAAGUUAGACAACUGCACCAUCAGCCCCAACUCGUUACUGGGCUGCUACCUGAGUCAGGACCAGUCCAUCUACUGUGAACAAGACAACGCCAACACAAUCAGCAACCUCAACGACGCCGCCUUCCAAGACACGCAUGCCACCGUCAGCGUCCCCAGCGACAUGUGGCCAGACUCCAUGCCCAAACCAGGGGUGGGGAGUCUGGUGAAGUCUGAGGGCACGGUGCAGGAUAUGAUGGACACCCUGCAGCAGAUCCUGGAGGACAACGAUCUCACCGAGGCUCUGGACGUGGGGCCAGAAGAGCUGAAGAGCUGGGAGAGCACGCUGCUAAAGAUGAGCGCAAACAGCUGUGAGAUGAGCGAGGACCUGAGCGACAUCCUGAACAACGACAUCCUGUCCUACGUGGAGGAGCAGCUGCAGAGGGAGGGCGGGCUCAAGCUGCCCGAUCAGUUAGAGGACAUCCCACCCUGCCUGUCUGGUUUGGACCUGCAGAACCAGAAUCCUGAUCAGAGCAGCGAGCAGAACUUCAGCUGGGGUCUGGAGCCGCAGAAUCAGCUAAUACCAAACGGAGGUCAAAUGUUACCUGGGCAACAAGUCCCGGUUUUGGGGACGAUGAAGCUCUCCCACAUGGAUCUCCCUCAGCUGACUCUUCCUAGUCUGAAUGGUCCGACUCUGCAGCAGAUCGCCAACCAGCAAACGCUCCAGACUCCUGCUGCUCUUCAAAUGGGAAACACUCAGGUUUCCUUCAACCCCUCCAUCGCAGACCCAUGUGGUCAAGCCCAGAACCAGCUGAGAACCCUACAAGUCACCACCAAUGACAACAACCUGGGAGGAUUCUCGCUCAGACAAACCAAUCAGAUCCAACCCAACCAAAUGGCUCCACCAAUCCAGAACCACCUUCAGAUGAGGACGCAGAAUGUACAGAUGGUCCUCCCAGACCAAAGCACACAACGACCUGUCUACAACUUCCAAGGGAACCAGUGGAACUCCUCCAUCAGCUCGAAUCCAGCGGACAACUUUGUAGACACAUUCGCCCAAAAUAUUUCAAACCAGCCGUCUUUUUCUGCCGUCACCUCCAACCACCUUCAGGGCCACUUUGCACUUCAAAACGGCGAGAAUCAGAGGCAGUCCUGGCCGCUGGAGAAGCAGCAGCAGCUGAUCUCCAGUGGACACCAGCAGAUGGGCGCCUGCCUUAAUCAAAUGCCGGGUUUUCAGAGGAAUCCUCUUCCUGGAGUUGUUGCCGGCCAGAACGCCAUCAAUGGCCAACCGAUGUUCAGGACUCCAGAGACUUCAAAUGUACCUUUUACUGUCCAGCAGAGCGUGCAGCCGCCGCCGCCUCUGGCGCCCUCGAGCAGCUGUAGGUUCAGAAAUGUCGCCCAAUCGGUGCCUGUAAACGGGGUCCACCUAAGUCAGGCGCCGUCCUGCCAGAGACUGAAUACCACAAACACCCAGAUCCCCUCCAAACCGUCGUGUUUUUAUCAGAGUUUGUCUGGAGGCGGAGCUGUGCCGGGGAUGACAACCAUCCCGAACCCAGAGGAGGCUUCAAUGUCCUGCCAAAUGGCCACAGGGCUCAGCCCUGACGGCCUUCUCGGGCAACAACAGCAGUACUUAAACUUCAGUGAACAGACUCAGAUCAAUAGCCGUCCAGUCAUCGGGAAUGGAGGCUUCCCCUUCUCCUCGCUGCCCAACGGGAACGCAUACUACUCAGAGAACAAAUAAAAUCCAGCCGCUUUGACUUUCUGACGGCAGAGGAUCCUAACUCAGACUGAAAGAGCAGGUUUUAAAGGAAGCAGAAAGACUACAGAGUCUAAAAACAAAAGGAGCAGAGCAGACUGAGGAACAGAAACAUGCUUGAGAAGAAAGAGAGGACGAAACAGGACGUGCCUACUUAUCUUUCAUUUUUAAUCAGAGUAGCAAAAGAAGCCUAAAGGAAGAGUUUCAAGUGUUUGAGAAAAGGAGAAGAAAAAACCUGGAUUGCCUCGUUGAAGCUGGUUGGAUUGUACCAAAAAAGAAGGAAAGAUUAAGAAAAGAAAAGCAUCUGGGAAAUCGAUUUCAGGAUGUUUUGAUGGAUUUUCUACUCCUGCCUUGAUGGAUAAAAGCUGUUGUAUCACACAGUGCUUUGUCCCCCAUGAUUACAUCUAUUUUAUUGGAUUAGUAAGUCUCCAAUUUAUGAGUCAUCUGUCUGUAAGAGGUAAUAUUUAGAAAAGUAGAAAGGAACUUUAAUAGUUUACCAAAUCAACUCCUAAACCCUCAUCUUUUAGGGGUUUUUUUUUCUUGUAAAAACAGCGUGUUUGGAAUGAAAACACUUCCAAGAAAGCCAUAAUCCAGGUGUUUCCUUUUGAAAUGUUCACAGAAUUCAUUAAUUAGUACAAUAAAUAGAUUUAUUUCUAAGGAACAUUUAAAAAACAGUCAAAAUGAGUUGAAAAUGGCUUAAAGUUCCCAUUUUUUUCUUGGAAAACUAAAGUUCUCAGGUUGUAAAGCUGUGAGCUGACAUAACAAUGGUUUUGUGGGUUUUUCCCAAUUUGGCCACAAGGGGCAACAACGAGCCGCCUUCAAACUCCAAAUAAGCCCUAACAAGUCACCUAAAUGUAGAAAUAACACUUUACUUCUAUCUGAUUAAUAUCUGAACCAGCAGUUGUUUAUAGUGGAGUUAAUGUGAUUCAGCAACAUUAGGCAGGUUUCCAUCAAAAGGUAGCACUUUUUUUUAAUUCAUGAAAAAUCUGCACAAAAACAUGACUAAUUAGUAAACUGCUUUUCUAUCUGCUUCUGUUUUAUAAAUAUGAGGAGGUAUAUGUUGUAAGAAAAUAAUGGAUUAAUGUUUUUAUGAGCAUAAAGGGCCUUUUACGUAAAUUAUGUGAUUCAAGCUGGUUUUUGGCUUGUUUUGAGUCGAUAUUUUGGUUUUACAAGAAAAAAAAAUAAUGUAAAGAUGAGGAUUGAAUGGUUGGUUUGGCUUGCAACCUCCAAGAGAAAUAUCAAGGCUGUCUAUCAAGAAAUUUUUUCAACAUAUGACGAGUCUGAAAGUGAAAAGUACAGAAGACGCUCCUGUGAAUCCUCUGCCGUCUCAUACGCACAAACCCGCCACCUUCCUCCUUAAAAAUCUGUUUUCUAUUCGAGCUCUCAGAAGGAUGAAAUAUAUGUUCUUUUCUUGUUUUAUUUUUGCUGUUAUUGUCCUUUCGAAAGUUGCAUUUUUAAGUUCAUUUCAACUCCUUUCUGUCCCAGUGAGGGAGAUGCGCUUUGCAGACAGGGUAUCAAAAUAAAUGCGCACAACAACGCCUCAGCUCUGACAGCUUCGACAUACUAACGGGCAACUUUACACAUUUAAAUACACACAAAAACAGCCAGCUGCUUUUAGUGCCUCUGUUAUACAUGUUAAAGCAUUCAGUCAUUGAGCCAGUUUCUUCUUUUUCCUCAAUUUUUUAGUGUUUUUCCUGUUAUAGGGAAGAAAAUAAAACACAGAUGGUGCCUUAAACUGACAGUUUGAACCUUAAUGGACAGUCUGCUCAAAUUAAAAUCCUUUCCAAAUGGAAAAUUUGUAAAAAAAGAAAGAAAAAGUGUCAUGUGAAUUGAUAUUUUGAUACAAACCAAAGUUAAAUUUGCCCUUGCCUUAAUUUUAACAAGCCAAUUAUGGAGGGUGCUUUCACACAGAGAUUGUUUGGAGAGGUUGUUUCCAAAAAAAGGGGCAUAAAUCCUCACCCAGUUUGUUUGGAGGUCUGCAAGCAUGACAAUCAAACUGUUACAGAGCAAAAUAAGCGUUCGGUGUUUGAUAUCGGCUGAUACAGAGUACUGAUCCGAUAACAGAGUACACUUUCUGGACUGACUGCAGACUAGCAAAUUAUUUCAGACCUAGAUUUGACUCAGCAUGGCUCAACAAAUAGAAUCAUAAAGUACAGCAUCUUAAGUUGUUUUUCUGCAGAUUAUCGCUAUUACUGCUAAAUCUUAGGACAACAGUAAUACAGGGGGCUGCAUCACAUCACAGGCUCGCUCUCUCUCUCUCCAUGCUCUAUGCGGGGAGCAUGACGUCAUUACAGAACAGCCUGCUAAUGGCUGACAGCCCUCAUAAACCGUUAACAAUGUGACAUUAGUGUUCAGGCUAGCCGUAAUAAAUGAUCGUCAUUCGAUCAGAAUAGAUUAAAAGACGUUCAAUAUCUGGUUUAAUGGAUAGGCUUGCUAAAAAUCAAUGGGAAGGCACAAUGGCUAGCUUUAAGAUGAAAAACAAAUAAGAGGCAACGAUUUAUGGUCCAAAAGUUAUUUAACCUUUGAUAAACUGUGUCAUUUUUUUGUCGCGUACGACAGCACCGGUCCGGAAGGCAAUUUAAUGAUCACCUUCAGAGAAUAAAUGCCACGCAGCCACCGUUCUUUGCUGCUGCAGUCCUCUGCUUCUUCGCUGCUCCAAACUCGUGCAUGCCGUGCUUUUCGGCAGUUGAGAAGAAUUGAUUUCUGGUUUAUAGCGCUAACAUUUAGCAUGGCAAAACAAAGCAAACUAAACAGUAUCGGAUCAGUGCAUAAACUCGUGUACUCGCGGAUACAAAUACCUGCAUUUUAAGCAGUAUCGGACGUAUUUCUGAUACUCGUAUUGGAACAGGAACAACUCUACUAAUUCGUGCAUUUGUGUUCGUUAAUUUCAUCAUGAUAUUGAAACGGGCUCAUCAAAUAUGUCCCUAAUGGACACUAAACAAAGAAAGGUUCAAGUAGAGCGCAGACUGGCACCAGUUAACAUGGUCACAUAUUGAACCGUAACACCGGCAGAGCUUUGAAAGCCCUGGAGUUUGUUAACUUUUGUAUUCUUUUUUUUUUUUUUUUUUUUUUUUUUAUGAGUGAUGUUCCCCUUGAAUAUAAAGGCUCCUCCACCCACAUCAAUAAGGCAUUUUACUUCAUCGCUGCAACUCGCUUUCUUAGUAGGUUAGCAAAUUAACUAGCCUCUUGGAGCCAUCCCGCAAUGCAAAGUGCAACUAGGUAUUUGUCAGACAUGAUGUCUUUGUUAGUACUUUGUCCUUUUUCCUGCUUGACGACAUCACUGUUUGAAUACAAAACAAGCCAAGGGGGGAAAUAAUAUCAGUGAAUCAUUUAAUCAUCUCAAUCUGUACAAAACAAACAAGCCAUCUGUGUGAAAGCACCAUAAAACAUUUGCACUAUUCCUUUAAAAUGUUUGCCAAAGCAUGUCAUGAAAAGAAAUCUUUAAGAGCUUUAUGACUGAAAAAUUCCAAGUUUUUAAAACUAUAAUUUGCACAUUAGAAAAGACUAGAUCCUUUUGACUUCUUACUUAUAGGAUCAUAAACUUAUUUUAGGUGACUUGGAUACAUCUCAGCUUAAAUUUGAAAUAAUUUGACUUUUUUAUGAUAAUUUUUUGUUUGGUUUUUAGAAAGAGAGCCCUGACUGAGAGUCACUGCCUUAAAAUCAUGACACAUAAUCACUUGGAUGUUGAUCCAUCACUGAUUGUAAGAGUGGACCCUUCUUUCAUAUUUUCUACAACAACGUCCGUCCUCUUCCUCUUUCCUGUCUCUAUCUUUGUGGUUAAUUUAUCAACUUUCUUGCUUGGACCGUGAGUAUCUACUAUCGUCUGGCAGCGAAACACAGAAGUAAAACGGUUAAAGGCAGCUAUUGUAUAUUUUAAAUGAGGAAAAAAAUGGAAAACACUUCACAUGUAAACAAAAAAAACAUCAAGGGGUGGAAACUUAAAGUGCCUUUUAAAUGAACCUCUUCAUGAUUGUCUGUUGAAACAAUUUUAGCACUUAGAUUGAAAAAGAAACAGCGAAUGGAAAGCCUCAAACUGCAAGAAUUGUGCGUCCCUUCAUCAAGUACUGAGCCAUGAAAUCUGACGUUGUCCAUACAGCACUUCUGUACUUUACUCUCAUAGAAUAGCAGCUCAUUUUAGAGGUUGUGAAAGAUAAAUAGUGACGGAAAACUUGACCUAAAUACCAAAAAUUGUCAGUAAAACAAACUGUGAUGCUUUAAUUUACAGGAUACCAAAGGGACCUGACAAAUCUGCUAAAAAUGCAUACUUUCUGUCAUCAUGUGAAUUGGUUUCUGCCCAGAAAUCAGCAGGAGAAAGACCAGAGUGAUUGCUUUUGUGGUCUAAAGGACAGAGAAAAUCUAACUAUGAAGUAUGCUGUGUUCACGUCAUGUGGAAGUCGUCAUAAUUCCCAAUAUCCAGCUUGUAAAUCAAGCUCUAAAUUUCCACUUUUUUCCUGAAUAAUGCAGAAAAAUACCAACAAAUAUGAAGGAAAAAAUGUGUCAUAAAAGGGAUUAAACUUGUGGAUAUUUUGCAAAUUAUUCAACCUUUUUCAUCACUUAACUAUUUCUACAAAUCAGUUUUUUUGUCUGUUUAAAGCCAAAAAAAAAAAAAAAGCAAAUAACUCAUCAUUUCUAGUAAUUUCUGGUUAUUUUUUGGAUGCAAAAUCAUGUGUCUUCAGCAAAUGUUGACACCUUUAAGCCAUCAAACAGUCAAAAAGUUUAACAUUUAAGAGCAAAACACAGUAAGAAAACAUCAAAUUAGUAAUGUUUCAUUAGAAAUGAUUGGAAAUAUUUUGCUGUUUUUUUACUCAUUUUUUAAAAAUAAAACAUUACUGAAUGAUUAGAUGACAGCAAGCUCAAUUAUCUGGUCAAAGUAUACUCCAGUCACUUCAUUAGGUACACCUGUUAAACUGCUGUUUAUACAAAUAUCUAGUCAGCCAAUCACAUGGCAGCAACCGUCAUAUCUAGGCAAUUUUAAACUGAGCAUCAGAUAGGAGAAAAAAGAUGGUUUAUUGGACAACUGGUUGGCUGAUCAGAUAUUUGCAUAAAUCCCCAGCUGAACAGAUAUAUCUGAUAAUUUGGUUGUGAAUGCAUUAAUAUAAAUUUACAAGAGUAGCACCUCAAAAUUAGCUUUUUACACUAGUGUGUAGAUAAAAUUUUACACCACAUGAUGUGAACGCUGCAUACUCCGCAAGCUAAUACUGCUGUUGAAAUGCAUUCUGGGCAAUGUAGUUAAUCACUGCCUACAAUGAAGGUAGUCGAGGCAGGCAAAGUUUGUGUAUUAUGAUCACUUUGGCUCAUUUUCAUGUAUUUCCAUACUCUUUAAAUAGAGCUCAUAAACACAUGGAAAUUCCACAUUUUAGUCUGAAUAUUUGUGAAAACUGAGCCAAAGCCUUCCACAAACAGCGAAACACACUGACGACUAGCCUCAAGGAUAUUUUCGACAACUUGGCGGUGCUUUUGAAGGUUCUCCAACACAAACAAACGUGUGCCUUGACAGCAGAUUCACCAAAAAUCCUCCCUCAGACCAAAAAUCAUCCCACUUAGACCACGUCCAUUAUGUAGACUCAGUACAACAGGAAGCACUAAUUUUUCCUCUUAACAAUCCAGAGUGCUUUCAUCAAAAAUAUAGUAAAGAAAAAAUAUAUCUUAUUAUUACUUGCUUCUAAAAAUAAAAAAAGUGUUUGUACUUAUUAUCUUAUAUUUUCAAACCCCAGGAAGCCAUGGCUCCAAACUGCAGUAUCUUUGUGUACCUGUAUAUAAAUAUAUAUAUUUGUUUUCUUUUUUCAUAUAUUGUGUAUUUUAAUGUCAUUUUGCCUUAAUCAUACUCACGCCUAUCAUUUUUUGUACAUUUUCUGCACAGCAUAGACAUAUGUAAUCUCUUGUUAUGUUUUUUUUUUUUGUAUCUCUUCAUCUUAUCACAUUUUGUGGAUUUUGCCGUCAAUAUUUUGCCUUUAACAGUGUAAGAGUGUUUGAGUCAAUCCUUUAAAUCUGACCAUAUUAAAGGUGAUCUGAUCACACAAUCCUCUGUGCUUUAAAUAAAUGUGUUAU